AUAAAGGAGGAGGUUCUCAUUGUUUUAUCUAAUUCAUGACUCGUAGUAAUUUUUUGUUAUUUGUAAAUUGCUGUCGUCAAAUUUAGCGUCAUUUGCUUAAAACAUUUUUUUUUAUUCUCUAUAAACUAGAGAGUUAAAAUGAUUUAAUUUGCUCGAUAUAUGGGUAGUACCUCGAUUAUUCAAACAUUUUUCGCGCCGGUCGACGUCUGAUUUAUUCUACUAUCUGUCUGAUCUCAUUUUCUCAAACAUAAAUACUCUUCGUUCGCACUUAUCUUAAAGAGCUAUUUAUCUACUUGACUACAAAAAAAAAAAAUAAUUUUUCAUACAUGUAAAUGUUACUUAUUAUAUCAAGUCUAAUAACAGUUAUCUAUUUUACAAAACUUAAUACACAGUAUCAUACAUAUUCGAUAUAAAAUAAUAUAAUAAUCGUUAGAAAUCUUCAACGUAACAUCUUUAAAAUAGUUUGCAAUUACCGAUUUCAGAUCAUCGAGCAAAAUGAUGAACUAUUUCGAGUUUCUAUGCGGCAUAACCGCAUUACUUCUUGCUUUCUACUAUUAUGCCACACUGACUUUCAAUUUCUGGAAAAGUCGCGGAGUAGUUGGGCCACAACCUCUACCAUUCCUUGGUAACACCAAUGAACUUAUGUUCGCGAGAAAAUCAUUGCCUCGUUAUCUCAAGGAAAUUUACGAUACCUAUAAAAACGAACCAAUGGUUGGUUUGUUCAUGAGAAGAUCGCCUCUGCUUGUUGUGCAAGAUCCAGAAUUCAUCAAGGACGUUUUAAUCAGGGACUUCGCCAAAUUUGCGGAUCGAGGAUUCAAUGUUUAUGAAAGGACGGAACCGCUAUCUCAAAGUAUCUUCAACUUAGAAUCAGAAAAAUGGCGACCAUUGAGAACUAUGUUUUCGCCGCUAUUCACAGUUGGCAAGUUACGAGAAAUGUUUUACCUUAUAAUCGAGUGCUCGCAGCACUUAGAGAAAUAUUUGGGCAAGCGUGUGGAGAAAGGGGAGCCCAUUGAAUGUUGCGAGGUAACGGCAAAAUUCACUACAGACGUAAUUGGCACUUGCGUCUUUGGUAUCGAGAUGAGCGCAAUGGUGGACGAAGACAGCGAAUUCCGUAAAAUGGGCAGGGGAUUAUUCGCUGUGAAUCUGGAAAACGUCGCACGACACAAGAUGAAAUUAUUCAUGCCAAAGCUGUACCGUUUGCUCGGUUAUAUAAUACCCGAUCGAAAGUUUGCACCGUUCUUUACAAAAAUUGUGACUGACACUAUAAAGUACAGAAAGGAGAACAACAUCUUUAGGCCAGACGUCAUCAACAUGCUGAUGGAGGUACAGAGACAUCCGGAGAAGUUUGAAAACAUCGAAUUGACAGAUUCGCUACUCACAGCGCAGGCAUUCAUAUUCUUCGCAGCGGGUUUUGAAACUUCCUCUAUGACUAUGAGCAACGCUCUUUACGAAUUAGCUUUGAAUCAAGACAUACAAGACAAGCUUCGAGAGGAAAUCAGAGAGCAUUGUUGCAAGAAUGAUGAAGAGUUGAAAUUCGAAGAUAUGAAAGAAAUGCAAUAUUUGGAGAAAAUAUUCAAAGAAACGUUGAGAAUGUAUCCACCGGGAGCAUUCUUAUCGCGGAGAACGAAAUCGAGCUACACCUUUAAUAAUACGAAAGUUACGAUACCACAGGGAACACUUGUAUGGAUACCAGUGUUUGCGAUUCAUCGUGACCCAGAUAUUUAUCCGAAUCCUGAUACAUUUGAUCCAGAAAGGUUCAAUGAAGACGCCAUGGCUGCCCGACACCCCAUGCAUUAUUUACCAUUUGGCGAUGGUCCAAGGAAUUGCAUUGGUGCACGUUUCGCAAACUAUGAAACCAAAGUUGGACUAAUUACGAUUCUUCGUAACCACAAGGUAGAAGUCUGCGAUAAGACAAUAAUUCCCUACAAAUUUGAUCCAGGUGCAUUUGUGUCAGCACCAAAAGGAGGAAUAUAUUUGAAGAUAACGAAAAUACAAAGCGAGUGCUGAAAAAUUCUGUUGAAUAAUUUUUAGAUCUGCUCAAGCAACGUAUAUUUAUGUAAAUUUCGCAAAAAACUACUUCGUGUUACGGAUAUGCAAAUAGUCGUUUCUAGUCAAAAGACAUAGAUAUGCGUAUUCUUGUUAUUUAGAUUACAAUCGUCGUUCUAGUAAUCUGUUUAUUCCAGUAACGUAUAAAUUUUCAUCUCUUUAUUGUAAAUUUAAACAUCAUUUUAUAUAUCCAUAUUUUGUCCAUUGUUUCAUACUUAACCAUAAAGUAGGAUUAGAAUUAAAUAACUUAUACCGUUAUUGAUGUAAAUGAAAACUGUAAUCUGAAAAAUUUGCGAGAUUUGUGAUUAAUAAACAAAAUAAGUGUUUUUGCCUAUUUUAGAGAAUUUCUAAAAAUUUGAAACAUGUAAAUCAAUAAUUGAUCUUGAAAAUUAUUUGGUAAAUAUCGAUAUCUUACCCAUUUCAGCUAUUUCGAUGAUCUUUGAGCGUGUUGAAGAAAUUUUGAUAAAG